GGGACAAAUUGCCGCGGGUUCAGUGCCGCCACUGGAACCGGGAGAUGCGGCGCAGGAGCUGUCGCUGUGUUUCUCUGUACCUGCGUCUCGUCUCUUAUUGUGGUUCCUUCUGCGGCUUCGAUCAUGUUGUUACCCUCGGACGUUGCCCGGCUAGUAUUGGGUUACUUGCAACAAGAAAAUCUCACUUCUACCUGCCAGACUUUUAUUUUAGAAAGUUCAAAUUUAAAAGAAUAUGCAGAACACUGUACAGAUGAAGGUUUUAUCCCAGCCUGCUUACUGUCUUUAUUCGGAAAAAACUUGACAACAAUUUUGAAUGAAUAUGUAGCUAUGAAAGCAAAAGAAACAUCAAAUGAUGUCCCAGCUAUAAUGUCAUCUCUGUGGAAGAAGUUAGACCAUACACUUUCUCAAAUCAGGAGCAUGCAAAGUUCUCCAGGGCUUGCUGCUAGUCAGAGAGCCCGAACAAGAAAUGGAAUUGCAGAAAUCAAACGACAGAGAAGGCUUGCAUCUCAAGCAGCUCCUGUCACUUCAGAGUUGCUGACUUUGCCUUAUCUUCCAGGACAAUUGAUCACAUCUCCUUUGGCACCUACACAGGUUGUUCGACCAACUGGCCCAAUUUCAGCUCCACUGAAGUCAAAUUUUGUAGUGGUCAACCAUUCACAGUCACAAGAUAAUGUAACUGCUGGAGAGACUUUAAAUAUGGGUCCUGGACCUCAGGAAAGGAAAACUCAUGCCAGUUUAAUGUCUCCUGGUAGACGUAAAAGUGACUCUCAAAGAAAAAGUAUCAACUUUUCUGGGCCUCAUUCAACAAUACGGAAUUUGCAGGAUCCUAAUGCAUUUGCAGUAGAAAAACAAAUGGUUAUUGAAAAUGCACGAGAAAAAAUAUUAAACAACAAAUCUCUUCAAGAAAAGUUAGCAGAAAACAUUAAUAAAUUUUUGACGAGUGAUAAUAGUAUUGCUCAAGUACCUAAGCAAGCAGAUAGCAACCCUACUGAGCCAGAAACUUCAAUUGAUGAACUCUUGGGACUUCCGAGCGAAAUUCACAUGUCUGAAGAAGUUAUACAGGAUAUAUUGGAACAGACAGAAUCAGACCCAGCAUUUCAGGCCCUCUUUGAUCUCUUUGACUAUGGUAAGACAAAGAAUAAUAAGAAUAUAUCACAAAGCGUUUCUAGUCAGCAUAUGGAAACCAGUCAACAUAUGGAAACCAAUCAACAUAUGGAAACCAGUCCUAGUAUAAUUUUAGAAGAUGAAACUAAUGUAACACCUAAAGGUACUUUUAAAACAGAAGAUUCUGAUGGUCAGUCUGGUCAACCCUCAUUUUGUUCAUCCUAUCAAAAUGAAGAUGCAUUAAAUGCUUUGAAAAAUGGCAGCAACCAUGAUGGGCUUAGGCAGGAAGCCCAGGAAAAUUUUUCCCACAUAGUUCCUAGCAUCCAGAAGAAGGCCUUUAAAGCAGCUGUACCUACUGAAGAGAAGUGUAACCUUGACAUUACUUUUGAGUCUGUGCCUAAUUUGAGUGACUUUGACCAAAGAGGAGAUUCUGUUGCUGAGUGUGAUGUACUCUACCCCACUCAGAUGUCUGCUGAAACUGAAAUGGCUAUGGAGGUUGAAAAGAAUUCUUUGUCUCCAAAUGUACAAGGUGAAUCUCACUUACAGCCUGAAGUACCAAUAACUUCAUUUGUUCCACUUGGUGGUGAAGCUAACAAUGAAAAUCUACUCUCUGGGAAAAAUUCUCAACUUUUAUCUGAAAAUACUUCAUUAACUGGAAAGUCAUCCAAGAAAAGUCAGUUUUGUGAAAGUCCUAAUAAUUCAGUGGGACUUAAAACUAACUUCCAUGGUUCUAAGUCACCAAAGUCUAGUGAAAUUCAUGAGAGUAAAAUUGAAAUUAGUAAUGUGUUACCAGUUGUGUCACAGCAAUUAUCAGAUUGCCAAGGUAAUUCUUCACCACAAAGUAAAAUACUACCUUUAUCUGUUGAAAGUUCAAGUUUAAAUGUACAACAAGUAGAAAUUAGUUUUGGAGAGUCCAUCUCUUCUAAUAAACAACCAUCUAAUGAUUCAACAUCUAUUGAAUUAAACCAUACAGAAAAUGAAACUGAGCCAUCCAAGUCUGAGAGAGUUACUUUGGAUUCACAAGACCCUUCAUCUACUGUAAAAGAAGUUGGAGAUGCCAUCUUUGUCUCUUUAGAUGGAAGUGAUAACUGUAGGGAAGUUGCAUUGAUGCCUCCAGAAGGUAAUUCUACAGAAAAUAGUCACUCUCCUCCUUCAGAAUCUGUGUGUUCUGCAGUGGGAGAUGCUCACCCUGAGUCCCAAAAUACUGCUCAUAAGCCUUCUAGUGACAACUCAGCAGAGAUAGAUGCAGCAAAUAUUGUCUCUCUCAAAAUUAUCAUUAGUGAUGAUCCAUUUGUUUCCUCAGAUACAGAACUUAAUAGUGCUGUUUCUAGUAUCAGUGGAGAAAAUUUGCCAACUAUAAUUUUGUCAUCUCCUGCUAAAUCUCCCACCAAAAACCCAGAGUUAGUUAAAUGCCUGUCUUCAGAAGAAACUGUAGGUGCUAUUGUAUCUGCUGAAGUAGGGGAUUCAGCCUCCAUGGAACAGAACCUUUUAGCACUCAAACUUGAAGACUCUGUUGUAAACAACACUCAGAAUGAAGAUAGCAUUGCUUUUUCAGCCAAUGUCACACCAUGUGUUUCCAAGGAUGGAGGAUACAUACAGUUGAUGCCAGCCACAAGCACAACUUUUGGCAAUUCGAAUAACAUUCUGAUAGCUACCUGUGUUACUGAUCCAACUGCAGCCUUGGGAACAACUGUAAGUCAGUCUAAUGUUGUAGUACUGCCUGGAAAUUCUGCACCUAUGGCUGCACAGCCUCCACCGCCUCAGUUGCAGACACCACCAAGGUCAAACAAUGUAUUUGCUGUCAACCAAACUGUGUCACCAAACUUUUCACAAGGUUCUGCCAUCAUAAUUGCUUCUCCAGUGCAGCCUGUGCUCCAAGGAAUGGUGGGAAUGAUCCCUGUAUCUGUGGUGGGACAGAGUGGAAAUACCUUUUCUGCUCCUCCUCGGCAGGUCCUUCAUAUGCCUUUGGCAGCACCUGUGUGCAAUAGAAGUAUCCCUCAAUUCCCUGCUCCUGCAAAAUCUCAAAAGGCUCACGGACCAAGAAACAAGCCUUGCAUAGGAAAACAGGUAAAUAAUUUAGUGGAUUCUUCAAGUCAUUCAGUUGGAUGUCAUACACAAAGAACUGAAGCAUCAGACAAGAAUACAACCACAGAUCUUGGGAAAAAAUUGGAAGAAAUUACAGUUCCUUUCUCCGUAGAGAGUAUAGUUCCAACUAGCAAACCAUUUGAAAGCCACAGACGUGUGCUGUGUUUUGAUACCACUUCUUCUCCUGCGGCAAACACCCAGGUGACACACCCUAAGAUGGUGUCCCAAAUCAAAGAAAGGAAUGAAAUUUCCUUUCCUAAUCUUGACUCGCCCAUUGUGUCCUCCACCUUAAAACCUCCUUGUAAUAAUGCUGUCAGAAAAGAGAGAGAGAAACCGCCUAUGCCUAAGAUCUUAUCUAAAUCAGAAACCUCUGUUAGCCGACAUACCAAUGUAAAAGAAGCUCAAUCAGAAAAGAAAGGCUCGCCAACAGAAGUUCUACUGGAAUCCUUCCAUAAAACAACAGCUAACAAGGAAAAUGAAUUACGCGGUGAUGUGGAAAGGCAGAAAAAUCCGGAAACCUCAAAGCUAUCUAUUGGACAACAAAAUGGGGGUUUACGGAAUGAGAAAACUAUGGCUUCACUGCAAGAACUGACCAAAAAGCAAGGCACAUCCUCAAAUGGUAAAAAUGUCAUUUCCGUAGGUACAGCUGUGAAGGAUCUCAAACAAGAACAAAUGAAGUCUGCCAGUUCUUUGGUUACCACAGAAAUGUUACAGGAUGUUCAGUGGCAUAGCCCAGUAAAUAGGUUCACUGAUGGCGAUUUACCUGUAGCCCGGACACCUGGUGCAGGGACAGGGGAAAAACAUAAAGAUGAACCUACAGAUGGUAUCAAAGCCCCUUCUAAUAGACGUUUUGGUGAAGACAGUAGCACAGCCAAAGUAAUGAUCCCUCCAGUCACCGCGGACUUGCCUGCCUGCAGCCCUGCCAGUGAAACAGGCAGUGAAAACAGUGUAAACAUGGCUGCCCAUACGUUAAUGAUUCUCUCCAGAGCAGCCAUCUCAAGGACUACUUCCACAACUCCUCUGAAAGAUAACACCCAGCAAUUUAGAGCAUCUUCAAGGAGCACCACAAAAAAGCGGAAAAUUGAGGAAUUAGAUGAGCGUGAGCGGAACUCACGUACUUCUAGUAAAAAUAUUGCAAAUUCAUCAGUACCAAUGAAAAAGAAGAAAAUUAAGAAAAAGAAGCUACCCAGUUCAUUUCCAGCUGGAAUGGAUGUGGACAAGUUUUUAUUAUCAUUGCAUUAUGAUGAGUAAACACUCUGAACAUUUAAAAAUAGUAGCUAUUUAAAACUCAUAUCCCUUAAACUAUGAGUGUAGGGAAUGGGAUAUUGACAGAAAUCUGAAGCAUAACCUGCACUUUUAUUGUACUGAAAUUUCACUUUAUAUCUAAAUCAUGCUGUUUCUGAAGCAGCUCCCUAAUUUGUAAAUAGAGUUGGUAUAUUUUUAUUUUGGGGAAGAAAAACAAAUUUGCAGAAAUGUAAGUAAAGCCAAUCUGCAAAACUGUAUAGCUUUGACAAUUGUAUAUUGUAAAUAUUGUGUAAAUAUUAUUGAAAUUGAAGUUAAAUCAACCUAAUGUUCUUAUACUUUUUUUGACCUUAUGGUUCUUAAUUCAAAGGCGUAUUCAUAUGGAAUAGUUUCUCAAUUUUGGAGGAAAAUGAUGCUUAUCCUUAUAAAUUACUUUCAGUAAUUGUUCAAUAAGACAUUUAAAUACAUAGCCGCUAAGUAGAAAAACUGAUAACCGCCUCAACUGAUAGUAAAGUAUCUAAUCAGAAAUAAACAGUUUUGAUGGGUUUUUUUCUAGAGUGGAUACCGCCCCUUCUUAUAAUCACAGUAAAUAGUAUAUUCCUGGGAUUUUACACUGUUAGCUGUUUCUUCUGCUCGUUCAGUUCUCUUUGUUUUAAAGAGAGAAUUUUGUAAACCAUUUAUUGAGUGUUCUGAUAUUUUGUUUGUAACUUUUAAGAUCUACAGAACAUUUAAGUGGUAAGUGGUUAGACUGUUGAGCCAUAAAAAAAGUUUCAUAAUAUACUGGUUGAGGUAUCUUGGUAUGUAUAUAUUUUUCCCCCAAUUACUGGGGAUUUAAAGAAUUGCACUAAUUCAUAGCACUCUUUAUGUAGUAGUGACCAAUGCACAUUUUAUUUAAAUCUUGAUUUCUGUGUUAAACCUGUGUGGAGGGUUAUCUUCGGGUGUCUUUCUAGUAAGUCAUAUGUCCAUCGUAAGAUGUAAAAAGAGAAAUCAAAGUUUUAUAUUUUAUUUAGUUUCUUCUAAAGUGGGGUAUGCUAGAUUACUAUUUCUUUACUGCAAGUCCCUUAAAGUGUUAAAAUUACUCUCAAAAGAGUCCUUAAGGGGAGUGAGAGAGGUGCCUUCUCUGUAAUUAGACUCACACACAUCCUUCAAGUUAAAGAAUUGGUUUAGACUUUUAAAUGAAAACAAAGUAUUAUUAGUACCUGACCACUUGUGCCUAGAUAUUCAGGUAUGUUCUCCUAAGUGCUUUUUAUUUAAUUAAAUGCAACCUAAUAGGGUUUUCUCCCACAAGUGUAUAUUUUGUUAAACACUUUCCUUGAUCAUUUUUUGUACUAGGCCUUGAAAAAAAUGAAUCCAUUCUGUUCUAACACAACAUUCUCAAUGCAGAAAUCUUGUCUUCUUAAUUGCUGAAACUUAUUGCAGAAAUUUGUCUUGUAAGAAAUUUUUUAUGAUAUGGCAAUCGUCUGUUCCUACGGAACUAAAUAUCAGUUUGUUUAUUUAACUCAAUUUGAUAUAUUCCAGUUAGGUUUGAAUAAAUAUUUUCAUUAACUUCAAAAGUUUGAAUUACUUUAUAUUGGCAAAGAAAUUUGGAUUGAAUUGCUUUGCUAGCAGUGAAUUCUUACUGGUUUUUCAGGAAUUCAUAUAAUGCUAAAAUUACAUAUUAUCUCAAUUUUAUUUAUAUGUGCUAAGUAAUAGAGAACUUACACAAAUAAAACAGGUUCACUUUGUUCACAAACUUAGGAGCCACUACUUGUCGUCUAAAAACAACUUACUCUUGGAACUUUAAUAUCCCAGAGCAAAACCUUAAUCCCCAUUUUACCUUAAAGAGCAAAUGUCUUGAAUUCAAUUGUACUGUUGUAUCUGGUAGCCUGUGUUAAUAAUUAGUUGCCAAGUUACUGCAUUUCAGAGUUCAAGUGUGCCACAAACAACAAGUGGCUUUUUAUAACUACAUGUAAGGUAAGGAUCCUGCUUAUUGAAGUCAGUGUAUGCCAAAUCUGAGAAGUCUUGGAAUGAAAGUACUUGAUUAUUUUUGCUAGUGGGAACGUUAUAAUACCCUACAGUGUGUUGAAAUUGGGCAUGACAUGAGAAAGGCAUCCAUCAGUAUUCAGGCAAAGGCUGGAUAUCAUGAUUGUUAGGGAGACCAAGAUCAGUGCUUUAUCUAGGGAUAAUUUCAAAGUCAUAUUACUAUGUAGUGUUUUUUUAAGAUUCUAAAUACAUUUUGCAAAAUUCUUCCAGAAGAUUUAUGAAACAACAUUUUUUUUUUUUUUUUUUGACAGGCACAGUGGACAGUGAGAGAGAGAGACAGAGAGAAAGGUCUUCCUUUGCCGUUGGUUCACCCUCCAAUGGCCGCUGCGGCCAGCGCAUCUCGCUGAUCCGAAGCCAGGAGCCAGGUGCUUCUCCUGGUCUCCCAUGUGGGUGCAGGGCCCAAGCACUUGGGCCAUCCUCCACUGCACUCCCGGGCCAUAGUAGAGAGCUGGCCUGGAAGAGGGGCAGCCGGGACAGAAUCCGGCGCCCCAACCGGGACUAGAACCCGGUGUGCGGGCGCCGCAAGGCGGAGGAUUAGCCUGUUAAGCCACAGCGCCGGCCUGAAACAACAUUUCUAUCAUCAAAUUGUUAUUGCUUCUGUAGCAAAUGUUUAUUCUUUGCCAGAAAUAUAUAUUCAACUACUUCAUCACUUGAUUCUACGCUUUGAUUUCUUAAUUUGUCAAAAUUAGAAGUUAGCUCUUAACCCAUAUAUAAUUUGUUUGGGUACCAGUUUGAAGAAAGGAAUGAAGUACCCUUCUCGUAUAUUUAUUUAUUUUUACUUAUUUGAAAGGCAGAGUAAGGGAGAAAGAUCUUGAUUAGCUGGUUCAGUCCCUAACUGCCUGCAACUUCUAGGAUUGGUCCAGAAAGCAAGAACUCCAUCCAGGUCUCUCAUGUGGGUGACAUCACCUGCUACCACCAAGGGUUUUCAGCAGCAGUAAGCUGCAUUGGAAGUGGAGCUGGAAUCCAACCCAGGCUUGGGUUGUGGGCAUCUCACAGCUCCUUAACUGUUCUGUCACACACUCAUCCGAAUAAUUUUGUUGCCAAAAAAAUAAAAUAAAAAUCAAGCUGCAUUACAAGCUCAUGGAUGGGGAAAAGUCAUGGAAAAUGCAUAUUAUGAAAAAUGUAUAUGUAGAUUUCAAAAUGUUUUUGUACCAAAAAUGUCAUUUAAUUCAAUUUUCCAUGAACUUUUUAGAAGUACCAUUGCUUACUUCAGAGUAGGGUUGCUGAGUCACAGUGUCUAAAUUUGCUCAGAGGUUUUCAUUUUCCAGAGUGCGUGGUAUCAAUUUAUACCAUACUCAACACAGUGUAAGGAAAGCUCCAGUUUUGUUCUGUUUUGUUUUGAUUUUUUGACAGGCAGAGUUAGAGAGAGAGAGAGAGACAGAGAAAGGUCUUCCUUUUCCCGUUGGUUUACCUCCCAAGUGGUUACUGCAGCUGGCGCGCUGCACCGAUCCAAAGCCAGAAGCCAGGCACUUCCUCCUGGUCUCCCAUGCGGUGCAGGGCCCAAGGACCUGGGCCAUCCUCCACCGCACUCCCAGGCCACAGCAGAAAGAUGGACUGGAAGAGGAGCAACCGGGAUUAGAACCCGGGGUGCCGGCGCCGCAGGCAGAGAAUUAGCCUAGUGAGCCACAGUGCCGGCCAAGCUCCAGUUAUUGUACGUUAUUGCCAACAUGUGGUGUUUUCAUUUUAGUAGUUUGUGUUGGGUGUUUGAUUUUUUUUUUUUUUUUCCUGAACACCUUUUCAAAUACUUAUUGACUGGGUAUCUUUUGUGGACUGUCCAUGUUUUCUGCCCAUUUUUAUAUUGGCUUUUCUGCCUUUUCUUUGAUUUGUAGGUGUUCUUUCUGUAUGUAGAUAAAAGUCCUUUUCUAGUUAGAUACAAUAUGUUGGAUGUUUUAACACAUUUUUGUUUCAAAGGUGCUUUGUUCUUCAGCCUAUUAUAUUUUGAUCAUCUUGAAUUGGUUUUCCACACGGAGAUCCAGUGCAUCCAUCACCACUGACGAAAGAUUCCAGCUGUACUGCACCAAAACUUCAUCAUAAGCUGCUAGAUUAUGUAUCUAUGAAAAUGUAAUUCAAGAUAUUGGUGCUCAGAUCCGUCCUGCCUAUGAACAGACAUUGUGGCCAGCUUUCUCGAUUCCUGUUAAAUGAAAAGGGUUUGUUCAUCUCUGUGAGGAUGCUUCAGAAAACGUGUGGAAAAUAGAAUUAAAAGAUCUCUGCUAUGGCCUGGUAAAGCAGUAGAAGAUGGCCCAAGUCCUUGGGCCCCUGCACCCACGUGAGAGACCCAGAGGAAGCUCCUGACUUCAGAUCGCCGCAGCUCUGGCCAUUGCAGGAGUGAACCAGCGGAUGGAAGACCUCUCUCUGCCUCUCCUCUCUCUGUAUAACUCUUUCAAAUAAAUAAAUAAAUCUUAAAUAUAUUUA